AUGUCGGAGCCCUCGAGAGAAGUGCCCAAGUUCUCGAGUUUCCGUGCAAAGAAGCCUGCGCCACAAGAACAGCCAUCAUCACUUUCAACAACUCGCAAGCGUCAGUCGACUUUCGAACAUGAUCAUGGCCCUGUGAAAUCUCACAGAAGUGCCGAACGGCAGGAGUCUUCAUCUCAUCGUCACCGUGCCUCAUCUGAGUAUGACUCGAAAACUCACGACCUUCAUCGUCGUGUCCGAGCUCCACAUCGCGAAGGACGUGAUUCCGCAGCCAGCAGACCUCCAUCACUGCUUCAUCAUGAUGAGAAUGCCGGUCUCUUCGUUGUUGACCGAAAGGGUGACCAACAGAACGUUACUUAUGAAAGACUGCACAAGUAUAGCAUUCCGUCCUAUCACCGAGUAGGCCACGGAAAUAUCCUAGGUCUGCCUCUCAGGUUCAAAAUAGACCGCGCCGAAAGCACGCUUGACAAGGUCUUCAUUGCUGACAAGUCUGCAACCUCCAAGCAGGUCUCUCAGCGCUUGCUUUUGAAGCGUCAACGGAAACAAGAACUUCCUGCUUUGCAUAUGCAUGACGAACAUGACCUAGAUCUAGCUCAAGAUUUCGUGGCUUUGUCACCUUCUACCGGUGACUGUGAUUCCGAGUCGAUGGAUGGUGCUUCUGCUCCUUUCAAAGAUUUUGAUCAAACAACACAUUCGGGUCUGCACAACAUCCGUCAGCAGGAAAUCGCGGAUGUGGCCCCAGCUGCCGAUCUGCACAUUCGCCAGCAAAGCGUCCAACUUGUGCGAGCCACCAAAUCAGAUCCUUCUGAUCUCCAAGCCUGGCUUGAUUUAGCGAAGCACCAAGAAUACCUUGUCAGCCCUGGUGCCGAUGCUCAGUCCUUGACCAACGUCGAAAGGCAGACUCUGGCAGACAUGCGCAUAGCCGUCUACGAAAAGGCCCUUAAGCACUUUUCUAACAGUGAAGCAUCCAGUCGCGAGCACUUGGUGUUGGAGUUGUUGCAUGAGGCGUCUCUUGCCUGGGAAACACAGAAGUAUAUGCAAAAGCUUCAGAACAUUCUCGAACAGUAUUCCGAAAGCUUCCCCAUCUGGACUCUGUACUUGAACGCUUGCCAGGCCAACCCUAUCGAUUUCCGCUUCGAAGAUGUCAAAGCUCUUUUCAUGCGCAGUCUUCGCACACUUGGCUCGAGUGCCAAGUCAAGCAAUCAGUCUGAGACUCGAAAGAUGAUCCUUUACCUGAUUCUGCGCUACACUGUCUUCUUACUAAACACCGGCUACGAUGAGCUAUCCAUAGCUACCUGGCAAGCUCUGUGUGAAUACCAUCUGUGUAAACCAGAGCACCCCGCUGGUUACAACAAAAGUCAGGUUCUCGUCGACUUUGAACAGUUCUGGGAGAGUGAGAGACCAAGAUUUGGUGAAGUCGGAGCACGAGGAUGGCGUGCUACCCCUCAGGACACCGAUGUCGCAUUCGAUCUCCAAUCGCCGCUGAAGGACAAAUUAGACUCGAAGCUACCAUUCAGAUCCUUCUCAACACUAGAAACAACCACGAGCAAGUUCUUUCAAUUCCCUGGGAGAACGAUGGAUGAGACAGGUGCUGAUGAUCCGUUCCAUGUCGUUUUCUUUUCGGACAUUUGUGAGGUCCUCGAGGUGACAGCAACUGCCCUCGACCGCCAUGAUUUGCUCGACGCUAUACUGUGUUACCUAGGUCUCCCUAGCGUGAGGUUGAGAAUAGAUGUCGGUGGCGGCGCUCAACCACAAUCCGAAUGGCGAUCCGAUGUUUUUCUUCGUCAUGGUCUGCUACAACUGAACUCGCCUGACGAGGCUGAUAGCAUUCUUGACCAACAUGUCCAAAGCUAUCAGACUACAACGGAACUACUAUUCUCCAACACUUUCAGAGGUCUUUCGGGACCAGCUGAGGAUAGUGCUCGCACCCACAGAUCGAUGCAUGAAGUUAUUGAUUUCGCUCGAAGAAUACUAUCAAGCAUGGUGAAUCACUUUACCAACGACGACGACUUGGCGGAGUAUUAUCUAGCUUUCGAACUUUCGUACUUUCCUCGGGAGGCGUCGAAAGCUGCCAAGCACGUCUUAAAGCAACGACCAUCGAGUCUCCGACUCUAUAAUGCAUGUGCAACCAUUGAAGCAAAAUUAGGGAAAGUCGAGAAAGCUGCUCAGAUCUGGUCCAGUGCGAUCAACAUGAAGGAUAGCUUUUCACACACAGCACAGAAAGAACUGGUUCUACUAUGGCGAGGAUGGAUAUGGUGUGAUAUGGAAGCCAAUCAACCGCAGUUGGCACUGUCACAUCUCGCAUCCUUUGGUGGUAGCGUAGAUUCGAAUGGAAGUGACAUCAUCCCGAUGUCGACCGCGACAUUGUUGAGACUGCGCAAUGCCUUCAAAGAUGGAUUUGAGCAUUCACUGAGCCAACACCAACCUCACAUUGCUGCACUAAAUGUUGAAAUGCUGGCGCUUGUUGCAUAUCUAACAGAACCAGAUGCACUGCAAGCAUCUCUUGACGCAGUACAUGAGCAAUGCAAUGCAGCGCAACAGAAAUUUGCGAACCAACAUGUGCUCAUUGAGUUGUUGCACCAAGUCAAGGCUGGCUUGAUCGCUUAUCAUAUCCGUCAAAGACGACCAUACAGACCUGCAUUUGUACGCUUCGAGCUGGAGACAAGUAUUGCGCACUUCCCGGACAACACCAUAUUUCUUGAAUUGUAUCGAGACAAUGAGGCACGUUUCCGACUUGACGACAGGGUAAGGUCGAUACUCAGAAAUCAAGUUCUCACUCACGGUCAGUCACCCCUUGUGACAUGGACGUUCGCAAUAAACCAAGAGUUGCUUCGAUGCACAAGCCAGUCUUCUGGCUCGACAGCGGAGUCGGUAAGAUCAACGUUCAACCGCGCAUUAAUGACCGUCGGAAGCCCCGUUCGGUAUUCACAGAUGCUUUGGAUGAUGUGGUUCCGAUUUGAAAAGCAACUGGCCAUAGAAGAAGUGGUAAGGCAUUCGGUAGGCAAAGGCAGUAUCGUCGAACAAAGUCCUUUCAAGAAGUUAAAGCAAGUCUUUCUCUCUGGUUUACAUCAUCUUCCUUGGUCCAAGGACUGGAUCUUGCUAGGCUUGGAGACGUUCGACCGAGACGACAAGAUGGGCUGGAGUUCCCAGGACCUGAAGAGGUUGUACAAUGUGCUCAUUGAGAGAGAGCUUCGCAUAAGAGUGGAUGGCCUCGAGCGUCUUCUCAGCGUCAGGGCAGAUGAUUACCACUAG